AUGGCGUUCGACACAACAUACAAAAAGAACACAUACAAAAAACCCCUACUGAUAUUUGUUGAAUUGAAUUACCAUUUCAGAACUAUAGUUUUUGCUGUGGCAUUACUUUAUGACGAGAAAGAAGAGACAUACAUUUGGGAAUUACAAGAAUUCCUAGAGUGCAUGAAUAACAAACCACCAAAAGUUGUUGUCACUAACGAAGAUCUUGCUAUGGCAAACCCAAUACAGAGUGUGAUGCCUUCUGUCGUCCACCGCUCGUGCGCAUGGCACCUUCAAAAUAAUGUCUCCAUUAAUGCGCCCCAUCCUUCUUUUAAGAAAAAAUUUAAUGAGUUCCUUUAUCAAUAUUGUACCGAAGAAGAGUUCGAAGCAACAUGGACCUCCAUGAUUUCUUAUUUUAACUUUGAAGAUAAGCAUUGGGUUUCUCAAACAUACAACAAUAGAAAGAGUUGGGUAGAGUGUUUUCUAAGGGGUAGCUUUUUUGGUGGUCUUAGAACUACUCAAAGGUCAGAGUCCAUUAGUUCUUACUUGUCCCAUUUCCUUACUAGUAAACUGAAACUUAGGGAUCUGGUGGGCCAAGUGGACAAAGAAAUACAGGGGAUCCGUUACACAGAGUGGGAGGAUGAGUUCAUUAGCAACCACACUUCCCCACUUUUUCCAUCGAACGUCCUCCACCAAUAUUACCAACAAGCAUCCUCAGUUCUCACUGGGAACACUUAUGAGAAGGUUGCAACACAAAUAAUGAGUGCUCUUGCAUACUCAAUCGACUCGAUUGAGAACAAAUAUAUUGAUGAACCAAUCUCCUUAUCGGACUCUGACUCCGACAUAUCCGACCCAGAGAUGUACAUGGGUCGUAACACCUUCCAAAAUGUAGCUCUUAGCAUCUUGUUAAAUCUUCAAACUGAUGUGGAAGAAAUUAAGAACAAAGGAUGUUGCUAUUGUCAUCAAGCUGAGGAAGAAGUUUAUCCAUCUCCACCCCAUCGCAAGUCAAAAAAAGAAAGUAAGAGUAGGAGAACUGUCAGGUUCGCCACUUUGUGA